GCCAAUCAGCGGCGGAUUAGCUGUUCUGCCGGAAGGUGACAUUGCUCCGGUGUCAUGGCGUCGCUGGGGCGGCUCGGGGGAGCGCUGAGGGCUGGAAGUCGUCUCUUUGGCGGAGUAGUGCGGAGGAGAACCGGGGUGCGCAAUGCCGGUGGAGAGGUUCACAUCGAGCCACGCUACAGACAGAUGGUGGAAGUGACCAAGUCCCAGAACAUUCAGGCCGAGCUGCUCGGGGGCUUCAUGUGGUUUUGGAUCCUUUGGCAUUUUUGGCAUGAACCAGAUGCCGUUUUCGGUCACUUUCCCUAUCCGGACCCCUCACAGUGGACUGAUGAGGAGCUGGGAAUAUCCCCCGAAGAUGAAGAAUGAAGCUCUUCACAGUAUGCUGGGUCUUCCCUAUAAUGUGUUUUUCGAGAUGCUUGUAAAUAAAGGUGAAAUCUAUUUA